AUGGACAACUUGGCCGAGCAUUGGCAAAAGCUAUCAUUGAACGAUAGAGAAGAUGAAAACUUAGAACUCCCUGAAGAGAAUUCAUCAAAUGAGUCAGUGAAGGGCUUCGAGGUGAGAAGAGUAGGGGACCAUGUAUUAUUGUUUGUGUUCGACAAUAAGGAGGAAGCAGAAAAAAUCCUUAGCAAUGCACCAUGGAGCUUUGACAAACAUCUUGUGGUGCUACAAUGGUACGACAAAGAAGUGCCUAUCAAGGCUUUAGAAUUCAGUAAGAUCCCAAUUUGGGUUCAGGUCCACGAUAUCCCAAUGAGAUUUUUGAAUCGUAAGGUUGUGGAAGAUUUGUGUGAGGUUGUGGGCUCAGUAUGCAGAGUGGAUGAUGUUAAUGAGAUGGAUGGAGGGAUGGAGGGAGCAUUAUGA